CUUAAAAUACUGUCAUUGAUGACAAUUGAUCUAACCUCACAUAUUACGACAUUGCAUUUUCAAAAAAAUUGGCAAAACUACAAUCUCGCAAGUGUAGUAAUAUUACACAAGUGUUUAUUUUGUUGAGAUUAUUGUGGGUUAGGUCCGUCGAAAAUGUUAAAAUUGAAACCAAUAAUAUCCCACUUAUCUUUGAAACGACUCCUAUCAACGUUAUCACCGAACGUUUUAGAGCCCCUAAAUAACAGGUCACUAAUUCGCGUGGCAGGACCGGACGUUUCAAAUUUUCUCCAAGGAUUAAUUACGAACGAUAUUGAACAUUUGAGUUCAGGACCGGGCUGCAUGUACACAAUGUUCCUAAACAGCGCCGGUCGGAUUCUCUACGACGCUAUUGUUUACCGCAAUUCCGAAAACAACACAUAUUUGGUGGAAUGUGACACCAAAUCGGCUGAUAUUUUGCAAAAACAUUUAAAACUGUACAGAGUCAGGCGUAAAAUCGACAUUACAAGCUUAAGCGAUGAGUUAAAAAUUUACGCCUUGUUUGACACGAAGAACUUUGACUUGAAUUCAAACCAAAAAUUGGCAAAUCCGCCGCUCGAAACCCCAUUUAAAGCCCAUAAAGAACUGCUGAUUUAUCGCGACCCAAGAAUCACAAAUUUAGGUUUACGGAUAAUUGCAAAAAGUGACGUUAAUGUUCCCGAACAACUUGGUGAUAAUUUCAAUGUCACGCAAAACUCGUCAAGCAAAAACUAUCGUUGGCUGCGCUAUAGUUUAGGAGUUGGGGAGGGCGUUGAAGAUUUGCCUCCAGGAGAGUGUUUUCCGCUUGAAUGUAACUGUGAUUAUUUGCACGGUGUUAGCUUCCAUAAAGGCUGUUACGUGGGGCAGGAGUUAACAGCUCGGGUGCAUCACACUGGUGUGGUCAGGAAACGGUUAAUGCCUCUCCACUUUAGCAAAAUACCCACGAAAUAUCCAGACGAAAAAAUCGUCCAAGAAAAUGUUAGUUUAGGCAAAUUGAGGGGCAUUGAAGGGGACGUAGGUUUGGCUUCACUGAGAAUAGCGAAAACUUUGGCUUUCAAGGAACUAAAAUUGGGAGAUGGAGUUGCCGUAACGUCCAGACCUAGCUGGUGGCCCCAGGAAGCACCCAAAGAAAAAAUUAAGUGCGCGUAAAUUGUUGAAAUCAAAGGCGCCUAUGAUUGGAAUUAAGUUGGCAGCAUUGAAUCAAAUUCAAAAUGUCAAUUCAGACGCUUAUUGCCAACAUAAAGACAUUUUGAAUAGAAAUUUGUUUCGUUUGUGCCUUAGAUGUGUGUUACCUGAUUUAUUAGUUAAUGGAAAGGUGACAAAGAACUGUACUUCUGUAGACUGUACAUAAAAUAAACCACUGAUCUGGA